GUAAUGCACACCAGAAGGUUGCUUGCCAACCGCCAUAAAAAAAAAAAAACAUAAGAAGAAGAAGAAGAAGAAGAAGAAUGAGCGAGCCCAAGCUUCACUUCCGGAAACAUGGAGGCUGUGUUGAGUGAUGUAGUAGCGCCGGAGGACCUCUUGAAAUUUGAGAAGAAAUACAACAAUGAGCUGGCCAAAGGAGCAGUGUCUAAGGAAACAAAGUUUGAAUAUGCUUGGUGUUUGAUCAGGAGCAAAUACUCGGAUGACAUCAAGAAAGGGAUUGUGUUGUUGGAGGAACUUGUCCAGAAAGCCUCGAAAGAUGACACACGCGACUUCCUGUUCUACCUUGGCGUGGCCAACUACAGACUCAAGGACUACGAAAAAGCACUGAAGUCCAUCAGAACUCUCCUGAGGAAUGAGCCUGGAAACAAGCAGGCUUUGGAGUUGGAAAAGCUAAUUGAUAAGGCUUUAAAAAAAGAUGGCUUGGUCGGCAUGGCAAUAGUUGGGGGAAUCGGUCUCGGUGUGGCUGGAUUAGCCGGGCUCAUCGGCCUGGCUGUGUCAAAGGGAGCAUCUAAAUCUUAACCUGAGCGUAAGACCGUGUAUGGCUAUUUCUGCUGGACUUACACAUUAAACAUAUAUAUAUAUAUAAUAUGUAUAUAUAUAUAUAUAUAUAUAUAUUACACCUUGCUAUCUUGCUAUACAUGCCUAAACAUGACCAAUCUAAGCAAGCUGUUGCGCCCCACUUAUGUACAUACAAAUAAUAAAGCUGCAGCUUUAUUUACGCCACGCUGCUAUUUACUUUAACGCCAUACGUGUAAGAAGAUGCUAUGUUUGUUAGGUAUGCAAGGGAGCACUUACAGGAAGUAAGUUGGGUAAAAUGCUUGAUUUCUUUUUAAUGGCUUGUUUUCCAUCAUCUUAAAAAGAAAUAAAACAAUUUUUAACAAAAACGUC